CUGAUGAAAUGUAAAUAAACAAAUAUAAAAACAGCAUUGAUAUUAUAUUUUUUAAAUACAAAAUUAUCAAAUAAAUAAAUGAUUAUAAAUAAUAAUGGGUGUAACAGGACUUUGGAGAUUGAUUGAUGCAUCUGGUAAAGCAGUACCUGUUGAAAGUCUUGAAGGAAAAGUACUUGCAGUUGAUAUAUCAAUAUGGAUUCAUCAGGUCUUGCAGGGUUAUCAAGACAAACGAGGUAAUGCUGUACCAAAUGCUCAUUUAUUGGGUCUAUACACAAGAAUAUGUAAAUUAUUAUACUUUAAAAUAAAGCCAGUAUUUGUAUUUGAUGGUGGAGUACCUUUGUUAAAAAAAAAUACAAUUGCAGCUCGUAAAAAACACAAAGCAAUUGCAGCUAAUAAAACAGUUCAAUUGAAAAAUGAUCUUCUUAAUAAUUUAUUAAAACACAGUUUAAUUAAAGGUGUAUUGGGCAAGAAGACUGGUGAUUCAUCUGAUGUUGAUUCAUCAAAUUUAGAUGUUAUAAAAAAUGAUAAAACAAUCAGUGAUAUGUUUAAAUUACCUCAGCUACCAAUUGUUAAUAAUAAUGAUCCUGAUGAUGAUGAAGAAAAUAAUUCAGAUGAUCAAGAUUUACCGGAUGAAACAAGUCCACGUAAACAACAAAAAUGGAAAGGUAAUAUUCAUAAUGUUGAUGUAACAUGUGAUGAAUUUAAAUCAUUACCAGCUGAUGUACGUUUUGAUAUAUUAACUGAUUUAAAAGAAACAAGAAAACAAAAUUCAUGGAGUAAAUUACAUGAAAUACCAGAAGAAUCAAAUGAAUUUUCAAAUUAUCAAAUGAAACGUUUAUUAAAAAGACGUCAAGUACAAGAAUCACUUGAAGCUGCUGAACAAGAAAUGGGUGGUAAAACAUUAACAAUUGAUGAAUUAGAAAAAUUAAUGACUGAACAAGGUAUUGAUACUAAAAGUAGACAUACAGCAUAUAGAAUUGCAUCAGAUAGUACAACAAGAAUGAUUUAUAUUAAUGAUAUUAAUGCAUUAAAAACAAAUGAUGAAAAUAAUAAAAAAAAUAAUGAUGAUGAUAAUAAUAAACCUGGUUGUUCAAAAGAUAUUUCUAAUAAUUUAAUUGAUUCAAUGACAAUUAUUUCUGAUGAUAAUAAAUCAACUUGUAAUAAUGGUGAUGAUGAUGUAUCAUCUGUUUUAUUUAAUAUCAGUGAUUAUGAUCUUGAUGAUGAAUGGGAUUCUGAUAUUGAAUUUAUUGAACAAGCUGUAGCAUCACCAGCAAGAAAAAAAUUAUUUGGUAAAAUAACAAAUAAUCCAGCAUUAGCUUAUAUGCUUGAAAAUACAGAUCUAAGUCAAUCACAAAUACUUGAAUUAAUUGAACAAAGUAAAACAAAUAUUAAUAAUGCAAAAAAAGAAAAACGUAAAAAAAAAUUAUUAGAUUUUGAUGAUAAUGAAAAAUGUUUUAAAAAAAGUAAGCUAGAAUAUGAUUUACAAACAUUAGAGUUUGUUAAAGUUAAAGAAGAAAUUAUUUCUGAUGAUGAAGAUGAUGAUAUUAUUAAAAAAACUUAUGUUAAUGAUAAUAAUUUACAAAUUGAAAAUAAUGAAUUGGUAAUUAGUGAUACUGAUUCUGAUGAUUUUGUUGAAGUUGAAGAUGUUAAUUUGAAUAAAAAAAUUGAAAUAACUGUUGAUGAAAAUAAAUUUACUGAUGAGGAUGAUAUAUUUGCUGAUAUUUUUACAAGUAAACCAGCUGUUUGUACUUCAUCAUUGAAUUCCUCAUCAAGUAUUGAAAAUAAUGAUGAAAAAAAUGAUUCAAUACCUGAUGAAGUGCUUAAAAAUGAUGAAUUAUUAUCAGAUCAUAUUGAAGUACCAGUUGCAAUAUCAGAUGAAAAUAAAAUUGUUAUUACAAAUGAAAAAGAAAAUAAGGAACAAGACAAAGAAAUAUCUUCAAAUAUUCCAGAGGUUGUAGAUGAAAUUAAAAUAAUUCAUAAAACACCGGAAAAACAAAUUGAAAUAACUGAAAAUAUAAAUAAAGAUAUUGAAAAUAUACCUGAAGCAUCAAAAAUAUCAGAAAAUUUAAACAAAUUAUCACCUCAGCCAUCAAAUAAAAAUGAUAAAAAAGAAUUACUAUCAAAUUCAAUCAAUGAAAAUGAAUGUGAGACACCAAAAGUAUCAAAUAGAGUAACAAAAUUAAUAUCACAAUUAGAAAAAGAUCAAGAAAAUAUAAUAUUAAAUUUAACAAAUGAAAAUAAUUUAAUAUCAAUGGAAUCACAACUUGAGAGUGAGCAUCAAUCAUUACAAUCAAAUAUUGGAAAAUUUGAACGACAAUCAACUGAAAUAACAGCACAAAUGAGAAAUGAUGCACAAGAACUUCUUCGUUUAUUUGGUAUUCCAUAUGUUGUAGCACCACAAGAAGCUGAAGCACAAUGUGCAUAUUUAGAAAAUUUAUCAUUAACUGAUGGUACAAUAACUGAUGAUUCUGAUAUUUGGUUAUUUGGUGGUAAAUGUGUUUAUAAAAAUUUUUUUAAUAAUACUAAAUCAGUUAUGGAAUAUAAAGCUAAAGAUAUUGAACAUCAUUUUAAAUUAACACGUAAUGAAUUAAUACAACUUGCAUUAUUAGUUGGUAGUGAUUAUACUGUUGGUGUUAAUGGUAUUGGUCCAGUAACAGCUUUAGAAGUUAUUGCUAAUUUUCCAAGUCAAACAGAUGAUUUAUUACGUGGUUUAAAUAAUUUUUCAUCAUGGUUAAAUGGUGGAAGAAUUGUUGUUGGUCCUGGUAAAGCAAAAUUACGUACUAAAUUAAAAAAUGUUAAUAUUGAACAUGGUUUUCCAAGUCAAGCUGUUGUACAAGCAUAUUUAUUUCCAAUUGUUGAUGAAAGUCGUGAUAUUUUUACAUGGGGUAAACCAAAUCUUGUAUUGCUUGGUGAUUAUACAAGAGAAAAAUUUGGCUGGACUAGAAUGAAAUUUGAAGAAACAAUGACACCAAUUAUGAAAAAAUUUGAAGAGGGUAAAUCACAAAAAAAUUUAUUACAAUAUUUUAAAAUUAAUAAUGUUCCAAAAUCAAUUGAGGAUAAUUUAAGUAAACGUGUACAAAAAGCUGUAGAAAAAAUUGGUAAAAGUGAUGAUGUUGAUGAUGAUGAUUUAGCCAGUUGUAAUGAUACAAAUAAUUUAUUUAAAAAGGGUAAAAAAGGUAUUAGAAAAAGUAAAAAAAAUGAUAAUUCUGAUGAAAUAAUUGAGCAAGUUGAUGAAAAAAAAUUAGAUAUUAUUAAUAAAAAAAUUAAAACUGCUGAAAUUAUACCACAAAAAGUACAUGAUAAACAAAUGGCGCUGAAAAAAAAAUUAAAAGCAAUUGAAAUAUUUAGAAAAUCUAAAAAAGGUCCAGGUAAAAAAAAUACACGUUCAGUUAAAAAAGUCAUAACAAAAGUAGCAAAUUUAUCUGAAAGUAGUAGUGAUGAAAAUUAA